AAAUACGCUUAUAUAUAUGUAUAUAUAUAUAUUUUUUUUUCGUUAUGGGUUUAGAUGUUAAAUAACAAUACGUAUAUAGUGAGUGAAUGGACUAACUCUUUUUUCUAUCAGAGGAACAAAAAAAUAAUAAUAAUAAUUAUAAUGAUAAAAAAUAAAGACGACAAGCGUGAUGACCUCUGUGGGCGGGGCCAUAUUUAUGUCAGAGGCUGCUAUGUUGCUAACUCUGCAGGCAUUAUCAUGCGAGUGUUUUUUAGAGCAGUUUGCCAUCGUUUGGAUCUAUAACAAUGAAUAUGCAGAGACCGAAACUAGUCAUCCAUAGGUAACAUGCAUUUGGUUUGGUGCUUGCAUUUGACAUAAUAUAAAUUGACGGGGGUUUAAUCUAAGCGCUGGUCCUCGGUUAGCAUCCCUGGGAGCCUUGUGCAUGUCAACAGGUUGUAUUGUGCCAUCCUGUUCCACUUUCUUUUUGCUAGUCAAAGCAGAUUUAGAUUUUUCCUAUAAAAUGCACAGGUAAAAAUUUCCAAAUUAUGUGAUCAAGAUGCCCAUGAGAAGUAGACAUCUCCAAGUAAUGGUCUGUGAAUGGAAAUGUAUGCAGGGCUGAUUUAAGCAACAUGGUAAUCCAGUCUUCUUUCAUUCCACCCUUCUCAUGACAUCUAUAAAGAAGGAAUGGGCAUCCUCAGAUUUGUGGCCAGAAUCAUGGGAAGGAUCAGUACAUUUAGAUCCUAUCAGUUUGUGGUUCUUCUGGCUGCUGCUCUGGCUGUUGUAGCCUUUUACUACUUUGGCACAGAGAGGCAAAACUUUUCCACCACUACCAAACGUAUUAAACAAACCCAAGCGAACCAUAACUCCAACAGGAACGAUGCAGAUCUAACUGUGGACACCAAAUUCACCCCUUCAUCGGGAUCUGUGGAGCAUGGAGUUGAACGCAAUGGAGAAGCAAGAAAUCCACAGACUGAAACCGGGAAAAGGAACAGUGUGAUAGCUGGCCAACAUUACCAUGCGCUAAUGAUGUUUACUAAAGUGGAUAAGAGUCGGAGCCUGCAGGAUAAGUUCAAAGUGGCCAUGUUAUCAAUGGUAAAGCAUGCGCACUUUGAGGAUGGUGAAGUACUAGUCCUACAUUUUGUCAGUGACCCAGCGAGCCAGGAAUUGGGGAAAAGCAUGCUUCAGGAAUUUUUAAAAGAUGCAACAUUUAAAUAUGAGGUGUUAUUUCACAAUGUGGUGGAUCUCACACAUAAGCUGUUCCCCAUCGUGGAGGCCAUGCAGAAGCACUUCAGCGCCGGGUCUGGAGCAUACUACAGCGAUGCCAUCUUCUUCCUCUCUGUGGCCAUGCACCUCAUCAUGCCUCAAAAUCUAACCCGCAUUGUGCAGCUUGACCUGGACCUUAAAUACAAGACCAACAUCAGGGACCUUUUCCAAGAAUUUGACCACUUUCCACGUGAGGCUGUAAUAGGCAUUGCCAGAGAGAUGCAGCCUGUGUACAGGCACACUUUUUGGCAGUAUAGAAAGGAGAACCCUCAGACCAAAGUAGGCGAGCCCCCUCCUGACGGCCGGCCGGGGUUCAACAGUGGAGUGAUGUUACUGGACCUGGGAGCCAUGAGGACUUCAGCUUUGUACAACCAGCUCCUGCAGCCCAAUAAUGUGGCCAAGCUGACAGAGCAGUACCGCUUCAGGGGUCAUCUUGGGGACCAGGACUUCUUCUCCAUGAUUGGGAUGGAGUACCCAGAGCUUUUCUAUCAUCUGGCUUGUGGCUGGAACAGACAGCUGUGCACCUGGUGGAGGGACCAUGGCUACGGAGAGGUGUUUCAUAUGUACUUCCGCUGUGAGGGGCCGGUCUAUAUUUACCAUGGCAACUGUAAUACACCCAUACCUAAUGACUGAAAACACUGACAUUACUAUGAAAACUGGAGCUCUAGUAGUCAUUUUUGAGUAACUGACCAAAUUUGUUACUGGUAAACAAAUUCAUUUAUAAAGAUUAUAAGUAUUUGUAGAGAAUGUAGCAGGAAAAUGUGGCAUGGAUCAAGUUAGCUGAGCUAGAGUUUUGGGGAAUAUUAAGAUGCCGUUUACUCGGACCACUCUGUAUACAUAUACAUUUUUGCGAAAGAUUGCAAUCAUUUUGAAAGGUUUUGUCAGGGUUACACCAUGCCCCCCUUUUAGUAGAUUAACUAGAAUUUAUUUAGUUGACUACUUGUAAGGCACAAAUGUGUAUAACUUAUUCAAAUACACCUUUUUUCAUCUUUUUCAUGGUAGGGAAACUGUAUGGUUUGUGUAUAUUGUCCUACAUAUACUCAAAGUACUUUUCAUAACCUUGGUUUACUUUUUACUAUAUCCACUGAUGAAUAAAGAUUUUAUAACAAGGCCGUAGCAGCACUGAUAUAAUAAUAAUCCAUUACAAUAGUCUGAAAGCCAUUCCAUUUUCCACUUCCUCCAUUUCCUUUUAGUAAUCCAUGCUUAUUUUCUACAUCCCAUAUUCUCUCUGCAUCUCCUCUUGUCAACACCAAACAAGAUCCUAACAGGGGUCUAAUCUCAUUUUUUGCUCUUUAGUAACCCCACCAUGUUCAUUUAAAAAGUAGGGAUUUUGUUGUGUUUUUCCAUUCCAGGUGGGAUUUCAGAUUUUCUUUCUUUAUCUCCUCUAAGUAGAAUUUCACUCUAAAAAUACCAAUGUGUUGGAAGUAGGUGAAGAUUGGGUCAAGACAUAGAUGGCUUUUUCUAUUCGAUCUGUAGUUACUCUGAGGUUGCCAGACAAACAAUGGGGAAACAACAAGUGCACGUUUUCCGAUCGAGUGACACAGUUGUCGGCGUGACCCACUUUCUCCAAACACUGGCCUUGAUCGCUAAAUGAAUACUGCAAUUCCAAGAAAUGUCAACGGUCAAUAAGGAUAAAGGGGUGCUCACUCUGACACGCACAACUGUAGACAACGGAAUAAUGCACAGUGCCAUCACUGGACUGGGAAAUGCAAAACUCAAGAAUAAAUGUUAUUCCAAAAUCAAUACUUUAUCCUUUAGGUAGUUAGUUCAUCUGGAAGGGGAUCAAAACAGCUCAAUACGUCUGCAAGUCUGUGAAUGUAAAUGAACCAUAAUAUCUUUAUAAACUAUGUACAUAGAUGAGAUUAGAAGAGAUGAUUUACUUUUUGUGAGUGCACUUUGAAGACCUACAAAGGACUGUAUGUUUUAGCUGUUUUGGGAGCUUAUGACUCCUAUUCCAAUUUAUAUAUUUUUUUUUAUUUUCUACUGGAUAUGACUUUUUUAAUGAUUCUUUAAUACACAAAAUUCCACUGAAAAAAAUCAUAAUGUAAAUUGUCCCUUGUCUUAUUAUUUGAUGUUUGUCUGUUUAAAGAAAUAAAUACCGUACUAAGAA